AUGGCAACUGCAGAUCUCCUCGUCAUCGUCACUGAGGUCGUACUGAAUCGAAUUGAUGAUUAUUAUUUCCCAUUAAAUUUCCUGAAAAUCACUCCUGUGUGCAGUGUUCGCUAUGUACUGCUCCGUGCUGCCACAGACUGUUCUGUCUGGUUCACUGUCGCUUUCACUUUUGAUCGAUGCAUUGCCAUUUGUUACCCAAAGCUGAAAUCCAAAUAUUGCACAAAGAAAGCUGCCACAGCGAUCCUCCUAAUAACCGGGAUACUUCUCUGUUUGAAAAACAUUCCAAUAUACUUUAGGUUUAAACCUCGAAGGAUAAUCAACAACAUACCUUGGCGCUGUUCUAAUAAGCCAAGCUAUUUUACUGACUCGAGAUGGAUUGGAUUUCGGAAGUUUGAAAAGAUUUUAACACCUUUGAUACCAUUUGGUUUAAUUCUAUUUCUCAAUGGUGUGACAGUCAGUAACAUUUUAUUGGUCAGUCGAAUUCGCAAACGACUCAAGUGUAACAGCAAGAGAGACUCUGAAACUGAGAGCAGAAGGAAGUCUAUCAUUUUGCUCUUCACAAUAUCCGGUAGCUUUAUACUUCUGUGGUUCAUCUACGUUUUACAUUUUUUCGAUGUUGAUGAUUUAUUAGAUGAUCAAUCUGCUUAUAAAUGGGAAAAUAACGAUGUUAAAAUGAAGGAUUACGAAAGGGGAUGCUCGUUCUGUUUGCUCCUUCUACUAAGGGAGACUGUAAAGUAUUUUUGGGGACCACUGGGAGGUGAUGCAAGACGAAGCAGAUGUGUUAAUCGGAAGACAAAUACCGAUGGUUUUGUGUUUGAAAAGAACAAGGUAAUUCGAAAAGAGAACCUAGCGAAUGUCAGAGAAUGA